AUUUCAAAUCAUAACGUUUCCCGAGAAGACAGACAAACUCAAAAGUUUCAAUAAAAUCUGAAAGUUCUUAGCACAACUCAGAAUCCAUAAAACAAACAACCCAGCAUUUCAAAAUCAAGUCUUGCUCUUCAAAAUAGACAUGACUGGUUUCAAGAAGCUCACUGUGGCACGUCAAAAUUCGUACAAUUCCCUUUAUGUUAACCCUUUGACCGAGUCGAGACACAGCCGCAGUUGCAGUGAAGGUGGAGGUGGAGGUGAAGGUGUGAAUUCUUUCGCUCACAACAACGAAAAUGCUGACCCAAACAAGAAGGAGAAUAGUGGUGGUAGUGGUGAUGAUAAGGAAAAUGCAGCGCCAUCAAAGAAUGGAAAUUUAGUUUUUGGGGAGAAAAAGUUUCCAGCUUUGAAGUCUUUGUCCACGAAAGGUUCUAGUGAUGGGAUUAAACAGGUAUCGCAUUUCAAGUCUUUGUCCACUGGAAGGGUCUUAAAGCCGUCCUCGCUUGAGUUUUGUAUGCAAAUGAACGAGCCCGAUAAGGCUUUUGGGUUGAGAGUGUGGGAUGCUAAUGACUCGGAGCAUUCUAAUUCUUUGAAAAUUUGGGAUUAUUCUGAUUCUGAGGCGGCCCCUGCUUCCUCUUGGUCUACAUUGCCAAAUAGAGCGUUGUUGUGCAGGCCAUUGCCAUUGGAUAUAGGGAGGUGUACUUGUGUUAUUGUGAAGGAAGCAUGCCCACAAGGGCUAAAAGGAGGUCCUCUUUUCUCACUUUAUACCAAUGAAGGUCAGGGACGACAGAACCGAAAAUUGGCAGUAGCUUACCAUAAGCGACGCAAUGGGAAGUCAGAGUUUACUGUAGCUCAGAAUACAAGAGGGAUAAAGUCAAAGACCGAUGAUAGUUUCAUUGGGACGGUGAUGGCAAAUCUCGUGGGUUCAAAAUACCAUAUAAGAGAUCAGACCAGCCGCCUCUCUUCAAUCAACAGGCAAUCUAAUCCACUUAUUGCUGUUGUAACGUUCAACCCUACCGUAACCACUUUAACCGGUAGUUACAGAAGCAUGAACGCAUAUAUACCCAAGCACCAGUCCAUGCUACUGAAGAGUACCGCUUACAUCAGCUCGGCAGAUUCCAAGGUGCAACACAUGAAUGGACUUCCCACAGACUGGGAGGGGAGGUUGGAUAAAGUUCAUAGGCUUUCUUCAAGGAUUCCACAGUACAAUAAUAUUUCAAAGCAAUACGAGUUGGACUACAGAGACAGGGGAAGAGCAGGACUUAGAAUUCAAAGCUCGGUAAAGAAUUUUCAGCUGACAUUGGAGGAGAAUGGACGACAAACGAUUUUGCAGCUUGGAAGAGUGGGGAAAUCCAAAUAUGUGAUAGAUUUCAGAUAUCCAUUGACUGGUUACCAAGCAUUCUGCAUAUGUUUGGCUUCAAUUGACUCCAAGCUUUGUUGUACGAUUUGAGUGAAUCACAGUUACCAUCGUCUUGCAGUUCAACCUCUGAACUCGAAGUUCUUGCAUUGGUUUCGAUUCUCGAUGGCCCCCUAUUUAUGUUCCUUGUACUUGGUCGAAAAUGCUCUCCAUUUUGUAUCAAGGUGACUAGCCAUAUGAAUGGACAGAAAAUGAUUUUAGAAUUGGAAUAAUAUUCAAUCAAAUAUCUGCAUUUAACA